AUAGAAGGCCAAGCAUUGGCGAUAAGCAAUCCCUGAAUUCGUACCGCUCUCCUCAUCCACUCAUUUCUUUUAUCCAUUUUUUAAUUCAUUGCUUUCCCAUUUGUUGUUUAGAUUUGGUAGUCUUACAUUUUUCAUGCCGGAGGGAACGAGAGCGGAACAACCCAUUUUCAUUGUUUGAAUCUUUACCUAACCUUUGAAACCCGGAAAGGGUUCUUCGGUCGAUACUCCAAAAUGGCUGUUGCUCCGUUAUGUCAAUCCACCAUGCAACCCCAGGUGAGUGGCUUUAUCGGAGGCCUCACUUUUCAGAAACCAGCUCCUUCUCAACCUACCUCUCUUCCCUUUUCGAGGAGGAGGUUCAGAAAUGUGGUAAAAGCUUCAGCUCGGGUUGAUAAAUACUCAAAAUCUGAUAUAAUCGUCUCUCCCUCCAUCCUCUCUGCUAACUUUGCAAAAUUGGGAGAGCAGGUGAAAGCAGUGGAACUGGCAGGUUGUGAUUGGAUUCAUGUUGACGUAAUGGAUGGUCGUUUUGUUCCAAAUAUCACAAUUGGACCUCUUGUCGUUGAUGCUCUACGCCCUGUGACAGAUCUUCCUUUAGAUGUGCAUUUGAUGAUUGUGGAGCCCGAGCAGCGUGUGCCAGACUUUAUAAAGGCUGGUGCCGAUAUUGUCAGCGUUCAUUGUGAGCAAUCUUCCACAAUCCAUCUGCACCGUACCCUUAAUCAAAUAAAAAGUCUUGGAGCUAAAGCUGGAGUGGUCCUAAAUCCUGCUACUUCACUCACCACAAUAGAAUAUGUCCUUGACGUGGUUGAUUUAGUCUUAAUUAUGUCGGUAAAUCCUGGUUUUGGUGGGCAAAGCUUUAUUGAGAGCCAAGUGAAGAAAAUCUCAGAAUUAAGAAGAUUAUGUGCUGAAAAGGGAGUGAACCCAUGGAUCGAAGUGGACGGUGGAGUCGGUCCUGGCAAUGCGUACAAGGUCAUUGAGGCUGGAGCCAAUGCCUUAGUUGCAGGUUCUGCUGUUUUUGGAGCUAAAGAUUAUGCUGAGGCCAUAAAAGGAAUCAAGACAAGCAAAAGGCCCCAGGCAGUUCCAGUAUGAAAGUGACUUGUACAAGAUCUGAAUUGCUUCAGCUGAUAAUAGUAUUGUUGUGUUAUUCAUUGCCAUAGAGAAUUUGCAGCUGCAUAUAUCAGAAGGUUGUGUUCUUCAAGCUCUUAUCUCAGACAUGGUUGCCAUCUCCACAGAAGAAGCCUGUAGAUUGCCACUUGAAGAUUUGUUAUGUACUAUAACAUCCGAGUACAAAUUCAAUAAUAUAAACUUGGGAGAAAUAUCUAUCGUCCAAUAAAAUCUUCUUCUUGGGAUA